ACUAACACAUUUCAGAUGUCACUUAAUCCAUACUCACUUUGACAUGAUGAUAAUUUAUUAAUUGGUGUCCUCUUAUAGAUAAACAUAAUAUCUAUCUUUUUUUUUUUUAUUGUGUUAGGUAAAAUUGACAAUAUUUUAACAAUUUUUAAAACUAAGAUAAAAUUUUAAAACCAAAAAAUUUUCAUAAAUAGAAAAAAUGUUAAACUAUUUAUAAAAAUAACAAUAAAAACAUCGAUAGAUACGGAUAAAUUUCUGUCGACGCCUCACAUAUCAAUAAUAGACUUCUAUCUAUUUCUAUUAUUGAUAGAUUUCAAUAUACUUCUAUUAAACCUCUAUCCGUUUUUAUAAAAAAAGAUCAAAUUUUAAAUUUUAAAAAAUCAAUAACUAAAUCAAUCAAAAUAUAUGACGAAAAAGAAUCAAACUUCUCAAUUUACAUUAUUUUGGAAAUUAAGAUUAUCUUUUACCCAAAUAAAUCCAAAAAUAGUCCAUACAUACCAUGGUAUCAGAUAGACAUUUGUGGAAUGAUUUUUUUUUUUUCAUAUGUCAACCUUUUUAAAAUAAUUUGAAUUGUUUAUAAUUUUUUGUAUACCAUGUAGUAACAGAAGAAUACAUGGACUUGGGCACCUAAUCAUUUUCCAUAAAUUAACAUCAACUUCUCUAUAUUUAGUUGUACCGUAUCCUCGUGUAUCUCUUUAAUUACUAAAAAAAAAACAUAUUUUAUAAAUUAAAAAAAAAUUGUCAUCAAAAUAUUUUUCGAAACAUCGCCAUGUUGCAUGAAAUUCAAGACUCCAAUUGCACUACACUUGGCUACCAAAACAUUGCCAAUGCCAUCCACGUUGGUGCCACGUGGAUACAAACGUGGUUCCUUUUCCUUCCAAUUUUCUCCCUGGCGGUGUGCAUAGACAACAAUACAAUCCCUCCAUUUCGCUCACUUAUCAUCUCUAAUAUCUUCCCCAUUUCACAAGGCAAGAACACAGCAAGAGAAAAAAGAGAAGGAUUAAAAGUAAAAUGGCGUCGAGCGACAAGCCAACGGGUCCUUUGAGAGAGAGUGGGCUAGAGCCACAGCCACCGGGCGAGAAAAUUGGAGUGGCGCAACAGAUGUUGGACAAAGGCGCUGGUAUGUUGCAGUCACUCAAGCCUGUGAAGCAGAUCUCCCACCACGCUUGCUCCUUUGCCCUUUACGCCCACGACCUCUCUCGACAGAUCCAAACCCACCAUUACGUUUCUAGACUCAACCAAGACUUCCUCCAAUGCGCCGUUUAUGAUUCCGACGACUCCCAUGCCCAUCUCAUCGGUGUUGAGUAUAUUGUGUCGGAUCAAAUCUUCGAGACACUGUCCCCUGAUGAACAAAAGCUUUGGCAUUCCCACGCAUACGAGGUAAAAUCAGGACUGAUGGUUCAUCCACGAAUCCCGGAAAUGGUAGUCAAACCAGAAUUGGAAAAUCUAGCCAAAACGUACGGCAAAUUCUGGUGCACAUGGCAGGUGGAUCGAGGGGACAAGCUGCCGGUGGGAGUGCCGGCGCUGAUGAUGUCGCCGCAAGCGACGGGGGUGGGAAUGGUGAAGGAGGAGCUGCUGCAGAAGAGGGACGAGUAUUAUAACAUUUCCACAGAUGCAAUCAAAGGGUCAAGAGUUGAAAUAGAGGAACCAGAGUGGAUCCAUCCGCUGGCUGAUUAUUGGAAACAACACGACGGCAAGGGUUUUGCCAUCGACAUUGUCCCUACGGAUAUGAAGUUAAAGGCAACGUUUCCUUAGAUAUUGACAUGAUCAAAACAAUGUUGGUUUCUUCUUCAGUUUGGCGGAAUAAAGGUGCCAAAGCUUUGGCAUCCCUUAAAUUCACGAGUUUAGGAUAUAAUAAAAUUUUAAUGAAGAAUAGGAGAAAAAUAGACGUUAUUAUUACCCCUGUAAUAAUGUGUCUAAAUGAAUGUUGCAAGAACAGAUAAAUGUGGCUCGUGUAGCCCAUUGUGUUAUGUUUAGUCUAUUCUUAUUUUAACA